AAGAAGGGAAGGAGUUGAGGUGGUAGUACAGAGAAAGAAGAACAUUAUGUGACUAGCUGGAUUGAACGCACUUCUACUUCCUGCCAUACAGGAGAGGGUUUGAUUUCAACCUGAGACUCUGGUCAGAGCCUGAGGUGCUUGUAUAAAUGGGCAGAAGAGAGGAGGAGUUGCAUUGGAUGGAUUGUACUGGAUUGACACACCUCCUCAUCAGCCUGAGAUGCAAUUCCAACGCUGAUGCUUCCACAGGAUGCUCAACUGGAACAAGAUGAACCCUGCCAACGCCGCACAGAUUCCUCCCAUGCAGUUUACAAGACCUGCUGCAGUGCCGCCAGGGAUGCCAUCCAUGCCUUAUACGCCGAACCAAGCUGUUGGGGCCACGAUAAAUCAGUCAGAUCCAUCCUUGCAGGACAACAGUCUACCUUACAAGGUGAAAGUUGUCAGAAUAUCCUGCCUGCUGACUGCCUCUCAGAUCAAUACGCUGACUCAAGUCGAGGGGAUCUUGAAAAGGAAGCUGGAGAGGUAAGGCACUGCCCUCGCAGCCGACUUGUUGAGGCUUGAGGUGGCAGGAUGGAGGAGAGGCUUGAAGCAGCAAGGCUGAAGCGUUCAAAGAUCUUGGAUCAUCUCCUCACGUUGGAGGGCUACUGGUCUGGCCCUCCCUCGAGCCACGAGUGCUCGGCUGAGAGCGGAGACGAGCAGCAGGAGGCGGAGGUGCUGCAGAGGAGGAGCGCUCUGAAACUCAAGGGGAAGAUAGCUGCGGGAGGGAUGAUGAUGCAUGGCAGGCUAGAUUUUGCUUCUCCCCCGAUUCUCGCGAGCCCAGGGGGCCAGGCGCUCACCCCCAAUAAGAUACCGGCGAUGUCCCUUGGCAGGGUUGGCCCGGGUGCCGUCAGCCCGGCAGGAGCGGGGAGGGCGGCGAUGCACCUUGCACCUAUAGCAGCGAUGCACCGGCCUGCUCCUCCUCCUCAGGAGGGUCCUAGUGGAGGAAGCCAGCAGUUGCUGUCGGAGGAUGCGGCUAUCAUCGCAAUGCUGAGCAAGGCGACCCACCCACAAAACUGAUGGUGAGGCGACAAGCAGAUUGAAGAGGGGGAGGGGGAGAAGCAGGCGAGAGUGAAGAGGAGAAGGAAGCGAAGUGGAAGAAAGCAAGACGAGGAGAAUUGAAGAGGGACAAGAGGUUCCUUGUUGUAAAUACAAAUGCCGAAUGC